CCGAGACAUAUUCCAGCGGGCAAUGGGUAUACACUCCGAAGCCCGAGCUGCAGAAUAAGACUAUGCACGAGGUAAAUGAUGCCCUGGUAUUCGCGGGACUGGAGGGCUGCGCGGCAGACAGGGAGUAUGCAUGGCAUUUGGCGGCGGAUAGGCCGGAGAUGUGGGACAGGUUCCCUGCGGUUACGUCGUGGAAAUGGCAGCCUGCGGAGGAGUGCCAUGUACGGCCUCUAGAUGGGGCCGCCAUGACCAAAGACCUGGUCGAGCAGGGGGGCUGGCUUUUGCUCGGAGAUUCAAUAACGGAGAACCACUUCUUCUCGCUGUCCUGUCUGCUCUACCCCCACGUCCGUGCGACACCAAACUAUACGGAAAACCCAUACUAUGACCGAGCCUGGGCCCAGCACCUCUAUCUCUCACCUACGUCUCCGUUAAUCCCGCACCUGUCUUUUCCGCCUGGUUUCUCCAUCGAAGAGACGCCCCUCGUGACAUUCCGCCGCGUCGACCUUCUUCUAUCACAAGACGAAUUGCGCUCCUUGCACCGUAGGCUGCAUCCGGAGAUGUACGCGCGGAACGCCAGCUUCUCUCUGUUCAGCGAGGAGCAGACGUGGAGCCUCUCUCCGACGGAAUACAUGCCCAUUCUUUUCGGCGACCCGCCCAAUCACUAUGCAACCCUCGUAACGAGCACUGCGGGGCACUGGACGACGACGCUCUUCGCUGGAUACCGCGACGAAUCUGUUGGCGAAGACGAGGGCUACGGCAUCCAAGGCGUGUUGCAGUUCUUCAACGAGGCCAUGGAGUACUGGGCGAGCGAGGUGCAGCGGUAUUUCGACACUCACAAAGGCCGCGAGCGGAGGCAGGUAAUCAUACGGGCGUAUUUGCCCGGCCAUGAGGACUGCCAUAACCACCGCGAGCCGUGGACUGAGUAUAAGGAGUUUGACUGGAAAUGGUAUAAUUGGUUCUGGAUCCGGGACUUCAAUCGUAUCUUCCAAAGUGUCUUAAGUUCUCCUCGAUACCCGGACAUCCAUUUCCUGCCGAUCGACAGACCGGCGUCGCUUCGUCCAGAUGCACACUCCACAGGAGACUGCCUACAUAUCAUGACAGGCGCAGGCGUCCUUGAAGGAUGGUCCCAUUAUAUUUGGCACUAUAUCACCCGCGAGCUCCCAGGCCGGAUACGAUGAGCCGUUCGUUCCCGGGUCGUAGGACCCUACGCUCUUUUGCGGACAGAAAACAGGAUGGACAAGCGUGUAAUACUCGCCAGCCACUGAUAGACGUGGUGGGUGCUCUGGGCCGGGGACCCUCCCAGAUAAUAGAUCACUGUGCUUAUUGUAUGCUGU